GUGUCCGAGAUCGGCUUCCCGGACGCCCCCGCCGCCGCGCCUGGAGCGUCCCCGCGGCCCGGCUCGGCGGCCGAUGGCCAGCAGGACCGCAGCGGGGGCCCGGCUGCCGGAGCGGCCGGGGCCGAGGCGGCGCGCCGGGAGCCCGCGGGCGCAGGGGAGGCACCUGCUCCGCAGCUUGCCGGCGGCGCAGACCCUGGCCAGGGUCAUCCGGCCUUGCUACGGCCCCCACGGCCGGCAGAAGCUCCUGGUCACCGCCAGAGGAACCACCGUGCUGACGGGCUACGCCGCGGCCAUCCUGCGCGCGCUGGAGCUGGAGCACCCCGCGGAGCGGCUCCUGCGCGAGGCGGCCCACACGCAGGCGGAGAGCAGCGGCGACGGCGCGGCCUUCGUGGUCCUGCUGGCGGAAGCGCUGCUCCUGCAGGCCGAGCACCUGCUGCGCGCCGGCCUGGCCCGCUCCCAGCUGCGCGAGGCCUACGCCGCGGCCACCGCGGAGACCCUGGCCCUGCUGCCCUCCCUGGCCAUCCGCUCCCUGGGGCCUCUGGAGGAUCCCUUUGGGGCCCUCUACUCGGUGGUGAACACCCACGCCGUGUCCCGGGCCGACUGCUUGACCAAGCUGGUGGCCCACGCGUGCUGGGCCACCAAGGAGCUGGACGGCGGCUUCCGACGCGAGCGCGUGGGCGUGUGCACCCUGCCAGGGGGGAGGCUGGAGGACUCGUGCCUGCUCCCGGGGCUGGCCUUGUGCGCCGAGCCCUGCGGGCAGGUGACCGCGGUGCCCGGCGGCGCCAGAGUGGCUCUCUUUGUUUGCGGCUUUGGUCCCGCCAGUCCAAAUGCACCGACCACGGCCCGGCUCUCCGGCCCCGCUGACCUGGCCACGUUCAGGAAAGGAAGUGAGCGGUUGAUAGAAAAGCAGGUGGCCCAGCUGGCCAGCGCGUGCAUUAACGUGGCGGUGGCAUGGGGGGACAUCGAUGAGAAUGCCCUGACGCAGGCUGACAAGCACAACAUCAUGGUGAUUCGAGCCAGGUCCCGGAGGGAUAUGGUUUACUUGAGUGAGGUGCUGGGCACACCUUUGAUGUGUCACCUGCUUCCUCCCCCGAAGCCAGGGAAGUGCCGGAGGGUCUACCAGCAGGAGCUGGGGGAAGGUUUGGCCGUGGUGUUUGAGUGGGAAUGUCCGGGCACCCCUGCCGUUACCUUGGUCCUCAGGGGGGCCACAGCCCAGGGGCUGCAGGGCGCGGAGCAGGCCGCCUACCGUGGCAUCGAUGCCUACUUCCAGCUGUGCCAGGAUCCCAGGCUGCUUCCGGGAGCUGGGGCCACAGAGAUGGCUCUGGCGAAAAUGCUCUCAGAAAAAGGAAGCAAACUGGAAGGGCCUAAUGGUCCUGCCUUCCUGGCAUUUGCACAGGCCCUUCGGUCUCUUCCUGAAACCUUGGCAGAGAACGCAGGCUUAGCCGUCUCCCAAGUGAUGGCAGAAAUGAACAGAGCUCACCAGGCUGGCAACUUCCUAGUAGGAGUGGGGGUCGAAGGGAUAAUAAACGUGGCCCAGGAAGAGGUGUGGGACACCCUGACAGCCAAAGCCCGAGGACUCCGGGCCGUAGCUGAUGUGACACUGCAGCUCGUGAGCGUAGACGAAAUUGUAGUGGCCAAGCAAAGCGCCACGUAUCAACGGGACUCGAAUCCUGUCCCCAAGAAGGCCAAGGGAUGCCUAUUUCCUGUAAAAGAUCAGCUCCUUGGAACGAUUGAGUAGUAACAUCCUCAAUAAAAUCGGGAUGGCCAAGGAAGGCACAGUCACCC